CACAGGAAAUAUAACUCAAAAGGAGAGAGAUCAUGGAGAAAAAGUCCUCCUCCUUUUUCUUUUUAAAUGUCUUCGGAGUCAUGGAGGUUACUUUCCAAGUGUUUGGAAAUCCGAUGUCCAUUUCUGCUCACUCAUAACACAUCCUCUAAAAAAGAAUGACCACCUCUGGGAGGCAGUCAAUCGCACAAACAGCCUAUUACCACACAAACCCUGUUGCAGGGUCUAUUGCAGGAUAUUCACAAUGACAGCGUCUUGGAGUUUCUGCCGCUCUUUUUGUCUCCUGCCUCUCCUCCUGGCUCUGAAGAUGCACACAGCACGUUCGGCUCCUGAUUUCUCUCUGUAUCUUCACAGCAUUCUGAAAAACCACACGGCUCAUGCUUGUGAAGGAGAAAUUCUCAUCAUCAAGUGUCCCUCCAGGACGUCUGUGGCCAUCCUAUCAGCCUUCUAUGGACGCCGUGUUCCCAGUCAGCAUUUAUGUCCUCCUGCAAGCACAAACACAACUGCGGGGGAGGACACAGAGUGCACUUCCUCAGUUGCUAUCGAGAAAGUGCUGUCAGAGUGUCAGGAUCGGCGGUCGUGCCACAUUCCCGUCUUAAGUCCGGUGUUUGGCCAGGAUCCCUGUCCCCUCACCACCAAGUACCUCCUAGUCUCCUACAAGUGCAGACCAGAGCACCACCGCACACGACUGGUGUGCGAAAAUGAGCGUUUGAGGCUGAUGUGUAAAAAUGAGACUGUCAUCGCAAUCUACUCUGCCUCAUUUGGACACCUGCUGCACGGCAGUCCUCACUGUCCUCAGGAACCUGGAUCAAAGGCUGACAUGGAGUGUUUGUCUCCGGCGGCCCUGAGGAAAGUGUCACGCAGGUGUCACAGCAGAGCAAACUGUUCACUAAUAGCCGAUACUCGAACCUUUGGGGACCCGUGCUUCCCCGGCACCAGGAAACACCUGCGGGUGUCCUUCACAUGUGUCCCCAGAUAUCUCCUAGAAGAUGUGGGUCAAGGUCCAACAGAUCCUUUCAUGAUCUCAGAUUACACACACGGUGGAUGGUACACUGGCCCCACCUACAGGCCUCAAAAUGUGUUCUUAACCAACUCUCUGGAGAUCUUUGACAAAAUACUGGGUCUCCCAGAGCGAGUUGCUCUCUACUUUGUCUCCGGCAUCUGUGCUGGUCUCGUGUUCCUGCUCUGCCUGUUUGGUGUUCGCUCCACACUUGUGAAAGACGUUAAAGAUCUGGUUUCUGACCUGAAUGAUGAGCUGAAAGCAUCUCGCAGACGACGCAAGGAGCUCAUGGAGGACCUCUUUGAAGAGGAUGUCUCUGACACAUCUUCUUUCCGCCGCCUCACACAAUCCUACCGGACAACUGACGUCCUCAGUCCACCCACUUUAACAGUAGAGAUGGUUGAGUGGGAGGAGGAACACACUAGGGAUCUGCCCAAUGGAGACAUUUGGCCACACAGAGACUCCAGCCCUUACGCUAUUCACAAGAUUAAAACCUACAACAAUUGAGAGUAAAGCAUCAGUAUACUGCAUUAGAACGAUAGUUGCUAACUGAAAUCAUACUGAGAUAGUGCUUUUACUGUAAAUUGGACCUAUUAUGCUCAUUUCCAGGUCCAAACUUUCACUCCUCUACUCUUCUAGAGGAGCUUUGCAUGACUCAAAGUUCAAGAUAAUCCUUAUUUAUCUUGAGCUGGGUCCUUAGUUCAUUCACAGUCUGAAACGAGGCAUAUGAACUCCUCUUCCUCCAAGCCAACUUUCUUCUGAUUGGGUGCCCCUCACAAACUCAAAGCUUAAGCAUUAGGUGGUUGGUUCCUAAGUGCCAGAGAUGAAUUAGGGAAGUCCCCAAUCUUUGACAUUAGGCAAAGCCAAGAGUAGAAAAUAAAGUCUGAAUUUGAGUGUUUAGAACAGCCUGAAGGGAACCUCUUGUACAUACAAUAACCUCAUUAUUUAAAACCAGUUUAACCUGAACAGUAAUGAGGUAUAUGUGACAGAAAAUAAGGGAAAGGAUGAUAGCUUCUCUCUAAAUGUAACUGAACCUCCUAAUCUGUCUCAAUGCAUGAUGACACUACUAAAAUACAUGAAAACCUAAUGGUGGUUGAUUACAAUCAUAAAGAUUAACAUCACAUGUUUGUUGUUUCAAUUAAUUUCAAAUGCUGCUGUGUUUUAUGGAAUAACAGUGGACGUGCCACUGAUUUAACUUUAAUAACUUCAAUGCAUUUUUGCGGUUACAAUAUGGAAAACCAGUAUUUUCAGUGCACUGUGUGACUAAUAAAUCAUUGGGUGACUUAAUGCCAUCUUUAAUGUUUCAUUAAAACGUACAAAAAUAAAGCUGCUCUUUUGUGGGGGAAACAUUUCAUAUUAUUGCUGAAGGAUGGAGAGUUAAAUGUAGAACAGUGCAAAACCAAAUCCUCAAAAAUAAAUAUAUAAAUUGAAUAAUUUCCAAAUAUCUACUAACAACUAUAUUUUGAUUCUUUGUUAAAUUUUUGUGCCUUUUUGGAUUGAUAAAAGUGAUUAUAUCUGAUUAACUGAUAGAACUACAACACAAAAGUUGUGCAAAAGUCC